AUGCCUGCCAACAAGAACAACGACGCCAACCAGCAGCAGGGCCCCCGGGGUCAGAAACGCCGUAAUGAACAGGAGGCCAAGACCAAGCUGGCGAAUCUGAAAACCAACUUGAAGACCGUUGUCAAGAAGAUCGAGGACGUAGAAAAGGAGAAGGAACACUGGAAGAAAGAGCUCGCUCUUCGUGUCGGCAACGACGACGAUUUGGACGCCAAAGUAGAGGCCUUGUUCGAACAAUGCGGAAAGAAAGAUGAGGAAGUGGCCAAGAAGGCCGAGGAGAACGUGGGGGAGGAAAGCCGCACAUCUUGGUGGUAG